AUGCAGCUGAAUCAGUCUUGGACUAACAGUGAGGUCGUCAAGAAGUCCCCAGAAUUUGAUAUCGAGGGGUGUGUCUUGUGUCCAAACUUUCUGACGGUUCUCUUCCAGGUGUGGGCAGUUUUGAAGGAUGUUGAAGACCUUGUGGAAAUAACCUUUAAGACGUUCUAUUGGUUCUGCAUUUCUGUCGGCAUAAAUGACGAUAUACGUCUUACUAGUAACGUCGUUCUCUUCAAUGCAGACACGAACGAAUGUCAGACUGAAGAGAGUUCAUGCGAUGUCCACGCUGACUGCAAUAAUACACCUGGAUCGUACACAUGUAUAUGUCGAGACGGAUACACUGGAGAUGGACGAACGUGUACAAACAUAAACGACUGUUUUGGACAGAAUCCCUGUGAUACAAAUGCGAUCUGCAACAUCACUGAUGGGUCAUACAUGUGUACAUGCAAGGCGGGAUAUUCUGGAGAUGGACAGACCUGUAACGAUAUCGACGAGUGUCUUGUUAAGACAUCGUGUGGCACCAAUGCCAACUGCACCAAUACAGAUGGAUCGUAUACAUGUACCUGUCGAGAUGGAUAUACCGGAGAUGGACGAUCAUGUACAGAUAUCGACGAAUGUCUUGUACAGACGUCGUGUGGUACCAAUGUCAACUGUACCAAUACAGAUGGAUCAUACACUUGUACGUGUUUGAAUGGAUAUUCUGAAGAUGGGCAAACGUCUGCAGGUCAUUCAGUUAAGCAUCAGUCGCUAUUCUGGGAUGUUUUCUACACCAUUUUGAUAAGCAAUUGUGUACAACCUCUUCCUUCUCGCAAAUAAAACUAUGUCAUCAGAAACGAAUGCAUUUGAUAUCACUAUUUUUGUUUAUGGCCAGAUUAAGUAAGUUUACUAAAGUUACCGGAUCAUUGAUACACAUAUUAAAAAUAAUCAGUGACAGAUUGCAACCAUGCUUAACACCAUCGUUAAAUACAAACCAGUAUGUCAA